CUCUGGCCUCUUUACUCAUGGCUUCUCCCAGCAAGGCAGUGAUUGUUCCCGGGAACGGAGGCGGGGAUGUGGCCACGCACGGCUGGUAUGGCUGGGUGAAAAAGGAGCUGGGGCAGAUACCUGGUUUCCAGUGUUUGGCUAAAAACAUGCCUGACCCAAUUACAGCUCGAGAGAGCAUCUGGCUGCCCUUCAUGGAGACGGAGCUGCACUGUGAUGAAAAGACCAUCAUCAUAGGCCACAGUUCCGGGGCCAUCGCAGCCAUGAGGUAUGCAGAAACACAUAGAGUAUAUGCUAUUAUAUUAGUGUCUGCAUAUACAUCAGACUUGGGGGAUGAAAAUGAGCGUGCAAGUGGAUACUUCAGCCGCCCCUGGCAGUGGGAGAAGAUAAAGGCCAAUUGCUGUCACAUUGUGCAAUUUGGUUCCACUGACGACCCUUUCCUUCCCUGGAAGGAACAACAAGAAGUGGCUGAUAGGUUGGAAGCCAAAUUGUACAAAUUCAAUGACCGUGGCCACUUUCAGAACACAGAGUUUCACGAACUGAUUAGCGUGGUAAAGUCUAUGCUGAAAGUACUAGUGUAGACAGGAUGAUUCCUGCUGUUUUGCAUCCCAGUAUAGGGGCAGAGUAAUAUUAUCUAUUAUCAGACAAUUACUAGACAUAUAAAACAUCCAGUUAAGUUCCAAAUUGUCUGAAAAACAAACACAAGUUUCAACAUUCAAACUAAGUUUUACAAAUAGCAUUUCCAUUUUCCAAAGAAUCUAAAUCUCUCCAUAUUGCUAUGAAGUACAGCAGUAUUCUUCUCAUUUGAUAAGGGACAUAAGGACAGCUUAAUCACCCUUAUUUAUCCAAAACAAUUAAGUCAGAAAUGGAACCCAGGUUUCCUGAUUCCCAGUCCAGAUUAAAACUAAAUAGGCUUUCAUGUAUGUUGUAGGAGUUAUACUCUUUUCCUCUUGAAAUAAAAUUUUCUAUUUUACUGGGGAAAGAAAACAUGACUAAAGGUCCAGAGUAUUGGCUUAGAGCUCAAAACACUAGCUGGCCCAGCAUAUUAAACCCAGACUAGGGCCUUCCACCUUUGAUACCUUGCUCCCCAGUCCUUCAAACAUGUUGAGAGAGAAUGAUACAUAAGUAUGCUAAGUUACUGGUGUGCCAGGGUCAGGCAGGGAACAGAAGCACAGUGACUAGAUUUGUGUAAGACAAGAGUGGUGGGGAUCAGGCCAUAUAGAGAGCUCAUGCCCUGUCUAAAUUGUUGCCAUGUGGAAAUGUGGCAAGGUGUCAAUUUUCUGAUACUUCAAGGGAAAAAUCUACAUAUAGUGGUUUUUAAAUUCAGGGUAUAUGUAUGUAUAUACAGUCCAUAUAUAUAUAUGAAUUAUGUCCAGUCCAUAUAGGUAUGGAUUAUGUUAGUUGGCAACAACAGUGUAAAUCAAAAAAUUUACAAGCACUGCAAGACAGACAAAAGUCCAAGCCAUCCACUUGUGACCUCAUCCACAGGCAUUAACUUAGCCUGCUACUUUUAUACAAUUCUCUAUAAAGCCCAAGAAAAGCUUGAGAUAACCAAAAUGAACAUGUCAAAGGAUGAAAUCAUGGGAACAAUUUGGAUUUUGUUAGAAACUCUUAAAUAUUUUAAAAAAUAACCUUUCCAUACUUCAAAUUUUGUUUUGUGGAGUUCAACCUUUUAACUUCCAGUGUCCUUAGGAUCUCUUUCAAGCAUCAUUCCAAGAUUUUUCUUCUGAUCAAACUCCCUCAAAAAAACCCUUUUUCAUUUCCCAACACUUUUUAGUUAUUAUGAUCCCUAAGUAUUGGCUCAAACAGUUUCCAGGGAAUUCACACUUGAUGUUGCAGAACUGAAUUUGCUGCAGAAAUGUGAUUUCCCACAUUGUUUAUGCCUAAAGGGGAUUCAAAGCCAUCAUUGUAACCUGACAAGUCUUUUAGUUUCUAAGUGUGCUUAGACAAAAAAGUCAGGAAAGAUUCACUAAACUUUUAAUAGCAAUUAUCUUUGGGGAAUAGGAAUUUUGGUAGUUACAGUUGUGGUAGACGUCCCCAUUGUGUUUUAUAUAUCCACCUGGGGAUUAUUUGAAUUUGUUACAUGGAAUGUGUAUUACUUCUCUAAUUAAAAAUAAGACUUAAAACAACUUAUUUGACAAGUUAGUAAAAACCAACCUUUGACCUUGGUGUUAUUAACACCACACUCUAACCAAGAAAAAGCAAAUUAGAUAAAUCAGUUGAAUAGUAAUGUUCUUAAAGAGGCUGUUUAGCACUGAUUUGACCAAACCUAUAAUCAAAGUUGGAUUCUACUUGAAUUAUUUAGAAUUAGUAACUGCAUUACUUUGUUUCCUGAAGUUCUUUCUUUAAAAAAAAUACAAACUUAUACAAAUAACAGCUGUUCACAAUACUUUGUUGUCCUCUUUCUCCAUAGGAAAAAAAAACAAAAAACCCAAAUAUAUGCAACUGAGAAUAAUUAA